UUGCUGCUAUCAUUAUGGUUUGAUGCUGUUUUCAUAAGAUUUUUAAGAUAAAUCAGUGAAAAAUGUUCGGAAAAUCAAAGAAAAUAGUGUCCGUGGCAUAUAAAGAAAAGCUUCUAGCGGAAAUCGCUCACUACGAGAAACGCAUAGAAGAAGCGUUGAAUAAGCCAAAGUCAAAUUGCUUUGCAGAUGAAAGCUUUGAAGAAGAUGUGACCAACCCGUACGAGUUCAAGCUCCAACUGUCACAUUAUGAACUGAAGCAGCGGGAAGCCAGCUUGAGCGACCGAGCCAGCAUGACUCUGGAACUGGCCAAUUUGACUAUCAUGCAGUCCAAGGACAAUGUUAUGGUCACACCACCUGAAGUCAGGAAACCAGUGCAUGAGGAUGGUGUUUGGCACAAGGUGGAAGCGAAGUGCAAGAUUGAUCUUGUCUCCUACACUAUCACCUUCUACGCUCACAAGCCGUACCGCAAAUUCGCGCCGACCCGCUAUAGGAACGUAGCAGUAACUCUGGCGAAGCCGGCUCAUCAAAAAGAGCUAGCACAGAGUAUACUACCCAAGCUGCAGCUACCCAACCUUGCUCUGCAGGUGUUACAGAGUUACGCUACAGCGUUCCGUUCCCGCCGCACCACGAUGCUGGAACUUGCCGAGACAUACGCCGACAAAUUGAAGAUGGAGGCCAUGCCGGAAGGUGGGUACCGCGUUCGAUUUCUGGACCUGCUGCAAGUGGACUGGACCUUAGAGAACCUCUGGUCCCCCAUCGUGCCCUUCUUCCAUCGCAUGAAGUUCGAACUGGAGUACAUGCCAAAAGACUACAUCGGCCGCAUUGGCAAGCUCUACAAGCAAUUCAAGGACCCCUCAUUAGAGACCUCGGACCGGACCUCCAUACUGUCCAAGAUCUUCGACAUCUGCCUGCAAGCUGCUGGACCAGCCAGGGAGAUGCAGGAGACCUUUGAAUCAGACCCCGAGACCGCUGGGCGCCUCCACGAGCGUCGGACAACAAUCGAUCAAGAACCGGAAGUGCCUAACGUGGAACAAUCGCCGAAAAAGCCUUCUGGCAAAGAGAAUAAGCCCCAAAAUCGAAAAACAGACAUGGCUCCACCUAAAACCAUACCUAAGAAAGCUAAGAAGAGUAAACCUAAUCAGGAAAAUACGGAUGAGAGUCGGAAAAGCGUUAAAAGAUCUAUUGAGAGUAAUAAUAGAAAUGAUGCUAAAAAAUCAAGAACUGAUGGUGAUAAUAAAAAAAGUAAAGCUGGAUUAAAAGGAGGUAGUACUAUUCAAGAUAAGGAGGAAACAGGAGCUGGUGUUUACAAAGUUCAAAAAAUAAAUGACAAACAAGAACUCAAUACGGAGAAAGACGUCGGUUCGGAAAUUAAUGGACAGAAAAAGAGUUGUGGUAAAACGACGACGAAAACUGUAAAAGAAACUGCCAAAGGUACAGUUGAUCCUGUCAGUAAUGCCGCGAAAAAGGCAGAUGGCAAAAUUAUUAAAUCUAAAAUAUUAAGUAACGCCGAAGUUCGUAGUAAAAAUACCAACAAGAAUGAAGAUGGAUAUAAGAAUAGCAGUGAGGCUAGUUCAAAAGUUACGAAGAAAAGAGUCGAGAAAAAUAAUGCAAACAAAGUUAAUUCUAAAGAUACGAAUACAGAAGGUGACGCUGGAAGAUCUAAAAAGGAAACUGAAAACACGGCAAAGAUUCAACCUACUGUUAAAAAUACUGUCAAGUCUAAAGAUAAGAAUAAGGAAAACAAUACUGUAAGAUCUACAAAUUCAGAAACUACAACAAAUACUAAGAACGACAAGAAAGUGGGCAGUUCCAAAAAGGAUGAUGCAAAUAUUGGGAGUUCAAAACGCGUAGGAACGAAAACAACUGAAAAUGCUGAAGGUGUUACUUCGAAAGUGAAAAAUACUGUAAGUGAUGUUGGUAUUUCCAAAAGGGCUACAUAUACCAAGGUCGAUAAUACAGAGGAAAAUGUAACUAAUAAGAAAAGGGUUAAUGAAACGGAAACGGUUAGUAGGGCAAGUUCUAAAUCAGCGGCAUCGGGAAAAAAUAAACCCGCUUCAAGAAACAUCAAAGAUAUUGAACAAAAUGGAGUUUCCAAAAAGGAUAUUAAUAAUGAUGAAAAAGAUACAAAUUUAGAGGGUGCCGUAGGGAAGGCUGCAGACAAAACUACAAGCAAUGUCAUUAAAAAACCUAAAGACAACAUGACAAAGCCAAAAGAUGUAAAAAAAAGUGAGGUCAAUAAUAAACUUGUUACGAAAGGAAAUAAUGUCAAAAAUACAAAAUCUGGUGAAGUAUCUGAAAACAGCAAAGUUGUUAAAGAAAAGCAAAGGGAAAGUGCUAAAAUUACUACUAAAGGUAAUACAGACAAAGUAAAGGCUCAAGUAGAAGGGAAAAGAAAAGUUAACCCUAAAAGUACUGAACAGAAAUCUGGUAAUGAUGAUAAUAAAACAACAGUUGAUAAAACAUUUACACAAACAGUUACAAAUGAUGAACAAUCAGAGAAAACUGGUGACGUACUAGCAAAGAAAAGAGAAACUACAGAACAAGUAACUAAGAACAUAGAAAAUAACAAUGUACAGCCUAAUAAAUCUACAACCAAUACAGAGAAAUAUAAUGAAACCGUAAAUACAAGAAUUUUAAAAGAAAAAACUAAUAGCGAUGAAAACUUAGAAAAAGCUGUUGGAAAGAACAAAAUUACUCAAAAUAAAACAAAUCAGAAAACAAAUAACGUGCUUAAUGUGACUAUCAGUAAAUCCAAAAUCAUACCUUUAUCAAAAAUACCAGCAGAAAAACAGAUAAAAAUCGCAGAUAAGUUAAAAACGAAGAUACCAAUGCUGAAAAAUAAAAUGACGUUUUCUUCACUGAGUAACAAACUAGGAAUGAACAAUGCAGGGAAAAAUAGUAACGGAGUGGGAAGGCCUAAGAUUCCACAGAAGAGUUUGCACGUUUUCAAGAAAUCCGCUAAGAAUCCGCCUACUAGAUUUAGCCCACGAAAACCGCCAACAUUCAAGCCGUCAUCCAAAGAGUUUACGAACAAGUAAAGAAGAAUUCAGAGACAAGCUAAUCGGUCAAUAUUACAAGCAUCAAUUACAAUAGGGCAUGGAGACUAUAUAAAGGAGCCAAAUCUCUAUGUAUGAAAAGUGUCCAUCAAAAAACAGUAAUUAGGCGGCGCCACCAUACACCAAAAUACUACCAAAAACAACCUACGUAAUUUGGUCGGGUUAUUUGUUGCCUUAUGGUUCAUGUUAUACUCAUGCCCCAGAGCCUAACUAGCGCCACCGGAGAGAUUAGGAACUAUUAUUUAAAGCUGAAAGCGGUCACUUUUGCAAAAAUUCUGCCAUAAGAGAUUGGCAUCCUUUCUAUACCAUCCAUAAAUAGGGUAUUUGACUACUAGUCAAAUCAGUUUCUUUUUUCGAACUGUCAAAACGAUUUUGCUACUAUGGAAUUUAUAUGAAACACUAGCAUGUGACGUCACAAUCAAAUUACCUACUAUUUAAAAAAAAUAUACGGGUUUUAAAAUAGAAAUUGUGUCUAAAAAUAACUGCUGUCUACGUUUCUCUAUUAAUCUUCUGGUGCUUCAUUUCAUGCGUGGCAAAGAUAGAUAUAACUCCGUAAUAGAUGGAUACAGUCUAAGGAAAAAACGUGCCUCGAAAAUCAAGAAAAUUUGAUUCUCGUUCAGAGGGCGCUACUAGCUUUGGCCAACUGUCGUAUAGAUGGCGUUGACGGUUCCGUUUGUUAUUUAACAAUUUUAACGUAUAUCAGUGAAAGAACAUGGGUCAAAAUCAUAAAAAUAAUUAAUGCAAAUAAAAAAAAUCAUUUAUCCAUAUCUAAAUACAUUUUAUCGUAUUUUUAAAAAUAUUUAUUUUUAGUUUUAAAGUGUGUCGACAGAUGGCAGUGAAUUUACUGGGGUUACAAAAUUUACUAUGACAGUAACGCUCUAGUAUCAGUUACUCUAUGAUCCGAUUGAUUAGAUAGAAAUUGUGUUUAAAAAUAACUGAUCUAUGAAAUAAAACUAUGAAAACGGAUUAUAUCGCGUAUAUUGAAUUUAUAAUACAUCCCGACGUUUCGAACUC